AUGAGGAAACCUCCUGAUGAACCGGCGAGAGAGCUGUUCAUCGAGUUAGGAGUCCUGACUGUGCCCAGUCUGUUCAUUCUGGAGGUCGCCAAUUCCUCUCGUCCAUACAUCACACACACCCAUUCUUCUAGAAUCACCCAGACCUCCACGAGCUCAGCAAAACCCUCUUCUAUGAAUGAGCAUGCGGCGCGCGUGCUGGCGAGCGACUCCGCCGCAGAGUCCGGGCGGGACUUCACCACCCCGAGGAACAGGCCCAGCGCCUUCAGAUACAUCAGUAGCAGCAGUCGAGGAGGCUAUAGUGGCACACGCUCCGCGCGGUCCACCGGCACAUCUGUUGCAGAACCGAGUGUCAUAUUAGCUAUCUCCGAGGGUCGCGGCCAAGCCCGCGGGGAGAUAGGCCUGGCGGCCGUGGACCUGCGGCGCCCGCACCUCGUGCUGUGCCAGUUCAGCGACACCCGGCUCUAUCUGCACACGCUCACCAAGAUACACUACUUCAACCCUGUGGAGAUAAUAGUCCCGCACACGUUCUGCUCGGCGGGCGCGAGCCAGCUGUGCCGCGUGCUGCGCGAGCAGCUGCCGGCGCGCCGCGUCACCGCCGUGCAGCGGCGACACUUCAACGACGCCGCGGGGAGGCAACAGAUACAGACGCUGUGCGCGCCGCAGUACAGCGCGGUCUACUUGCAGGUGUUGCACAAGUUUUACGCAGUGACGGCUGCCGCGGCAGUACUCAAGUAUGUUGAGUACAUCCAAUGUGUCGUCUUCGCUCGGGAGUCACUCAAGAUUGAGUACCAUUCCUCGGAAAAUACCAUGAUCAUUGAUACAGUUGUUGUCAGGUCAGUCCUACUGCCUUGCAAAAGUAUAGAGACAUCACAAUUUUUAGUUCAACCAUAUAAUCACAUAUAUUCCAUCCUUGCAGACGUAGGCAGCUCCAUAGAGCUAGAAGUGUGCUCAUCCCUAUCCCCUUCAGCCGGGGCCACCAGCUGCCUCCUAGGCGUGCUAGGGCCGACCUACACGGUGGCUGGGGUCAGGGCGCUCAGGGCCUCGCUACUGCAACCUUCGUGUAAUAAAGAUGAGGUGGAGGCGAGGCUUGAUGCUGUACAGGAUCUGAUGGAGAAUGAUGACGGGCUGAUGGCUGGGAUUCAGGACGUAAUAAAGAAGCUAUCCGACGUGGACAAGAUCCUGCUCCUGUGCAUGGACUCGGCCAGCGAGAGCCUGGAGGCGGUGGGCGAGGCGCAGCUCAACCAGGUGCUGCUGCUGAAGACAACGAUGGAGCUGGUGCCGAGCCUAGCCAGUGCCUUGGGGAGCGCCGUGAGCGGGAAACUGAGGACUAUGAGACUGGAGUUCGAAAACCCCAACUAUCAGGACAUAGCGGACCGAAUUCGCACCAUAAUCCAAGAUGACGCACAUUUGGAGAAAGGAGCUAUGGGCAGUCUCCAACGAUGCUUUGCUGUCAAACCAGAAAUAAACGGACUCCUAGAUGUAGCUAGAAGAACUUACUCAGAGCUCAUAGAAGAUAUACAAAAGAUCGUGGAACAGUUGAGCGAAACCUACGACCUUCCUAUAAGGCUCAAUCAGAAUGUGCUCAAAGGUUUUCAUAUAGUCCUGCCGCUUGCGCCGAGAAACCGAAGGAAUUUUCGGGUGGAAGACCUGCCAGAUAUUUUUAUUCAGGUGUCGAACAGCGGCGCCAGCGUGUCCAUGUCGACAGAGGAGCUGGUCGUUCUGGACCAGCAGGCGAAGGAGGCGCUCAACGAAAUACAGAAGAUGAGCAACAUAGUAAUUUCAGGACUAAUCAAAGAUUUGCGGCCUCACAUGUCCAGCCUUUACAAGCUUUGUGAAAAUGUUGCUGAACUGGACAUCUUGAUUGCAUUAGCACACGCAAGCAUCGCAGGUUCUUACAUAAGACCUGAAUUCAGUAAUUACAUGGAUGUGAGAAACAGUGUCCAUCCUCUGUUGGACUACAACAGCCAAACUAUGCCAGUACCAAACGAUAUUGUAAGAUUCUUAAAGUUGUCUCCAACUUAUCUCAAAUUGUCGGCCUGCCAAGUAAUAAAUUUCCUUAAUUAUCCCAUUUUAACUGCUUUUCAGUACGCGAGUCCGGAACAAAAUUUCACAAUAAUCACAGGACCAAACAUGGGAGGGAAAAGUAUUUACAUCAAGCAAAUAGCUGUGAUACAGAUUAUGGCUCAGAUCGGAUGUUUUAUACCGGCAACAAAAGGCGUUGUAAGAUUGUGCGACAGAAUAUUUUCAAGAAUCGGUUUCAACGACAGCGUUGAACUCAACGCCUCGACUUACGUUUUAGAGAUGAAAGAGAUUCAGCACAUACUGAAGGGUCUUACUAAAAACAGCUUAGUCAUUAUUGAUGAACUUUGCCGAGGCACCUGCACAGAAGAAGGCACGAGCAUGGCGUGGGCAAUCUGCGAGGAGCUGCUCGCCAGCGACGCCUUCACAUUCUUCACGACUCACUUCAUGUACCUGACCAGGCUGCAGGACCUGUACUUCAAUGUCGUCAACUUACACACCUCAGUGACUGAAGAGAAUGUAACUGAUACACAGAAUACGCAAACAGCUGCCACGCUGGGUCAAAAGCGAUUGGUCUACAAACAUAAAAUAGAGCCAGGCACGACUGCUAUUGAAUGCUACGGACUAGCGUUGGCUUCGAAGACUAAUUUACCAGAAGAGACAGUGAAAUUAGCUGAGGAAUUGGCAGCUUUGAUUAUUCAAAGGAAAAAGCCGCAAGAAAUAAAAGCGCCAGAGAAGAAGGUAGAUAAAUUACUGUACGAAUUAAAUGUAGAGAUUUGCAAGGAAACGAGAAAACACGAAAAUCCAGAACCAGUAACUAAACAAUUACUUCAAAAAUUCAAACAAGAUCAUCCUGAAGUGAUCGAGAAACUAAAGAUGGAUAGAAAUAGUAUCAGUGAUACGAGUGGCAAAUCCUCAAACCCAAAUAGAAGGGGAAUGGAGAGUUCCAACCAAAUUGUAUCAAGCAGAGAUACGUUUGUUGAAAACACUAUGAAUCGAAGGAAACCGCAAUCAAUUUUAUAUAGCAAUUCUGAUUUCGAAAAUGAUGUGUCCAAUCCAAUUGUAGCAAAAAAGACAACACCAUUAGUGUAUAGCACAACAGACGUAGAUGACAUGGAUAAGAUUCCCAAUAUAAAUGCGAAACCUAUACAUGCAAUUGCACAAAAACCACCAAGAGUAGUUUACAGCACCACUGACGAAACGGAUAAUCAUUCCACAAAUGAAAACCCAAACUACACAUCGGUAAGAUCAUCUAAUGAGUUGCUCAAUACUAUAAUAAGAGAUAUAGACAACUUUGAUAACGUCGAAACACCACAGAAGAACAGCCAGCUGGGUAAUAAAAGUGCAGUUGCUGAAGACAUUAUUAACACAACCCAAAUGACUCAAAAUCUAUCCAGUCUAAGUAGCCAAAGAGUGAAUUCGCCAAAUAGAAACCAUGAGAUAAAUACAGAAUCCUACGCCCAAAUGUCUCAAAAUAUAUCACGUCUAAGUAGUCAUAGUUUACCAAGUGUGAACAAUGUGAUGCGUAAUGAGUUCAAUCGCAAUUUAGAAUGUGAAGCUCCCGAAAUGGAUUCAUUGACUUAUUUAGAGCAAUCAAAUGCAAGACAAACAGCUAUGGAAGAGGAAAUAAAUAACAUUUCACAUGCAAUUGAGACACACAGCAUGGAAGUGGACGAUUUAGAUAUAGCGGAGGCUCUAACCCAGGUUCUUGAAACCGAUGAAACUUUGAUAUCUCAAUUUAGUGCAGUUGGUACAUCAUCAUCAUCGGUAGACGAAGAGUUAAUGAGGGAAACCAUUAAGGAGAUUAACGAUGAGCUAGUAAAUGUUUCGUUCCUCGAAAAUGUUAUUUUAACGCCUCCAAUGGAGUUUAGAGAUUAAAGUUUGUUUCUAAUUAUAA